CCUCAGCCUUCUCUUCAUCUUCCUCCUACUGGUUCACCCUUCUGAUCCUCUAAACCCAUCCAUGGCCUCUUCUCUUCAGUUAUCCACAAAAAGAUCACUUCUUUCUGAUUCUUCUUCCUCUGCUUCAUCGACAAUGAAUUUGAACCCUAAAAAGACCCAGAACUCACAUGCACCUUCUUCAACCUCCACUCGAACAGAGUUUGAAUCUGCUGCUCAUGACGUACCCAGUGGGCCAAACCCAAUAUCAAACAGGUAAGUUUUCCAAGCAUCGAUCAAUUUGCAACGGCGUGAAGAAGCAGGUAAUAGAAGACGAUAGCUGCUGCGUGCGAGGAUUGUAACGGCGUUAAUACUGUUGUUCUCUUUAUGGUCAUUAUCUCAUUCGCCAUUAAUACUCCUUGUCCCUCAGUGAGAAGUUUGUUGCCUUUGUUGGUAUCGUCAUCAUCG